AUGAAUGGUUCAUCACAGAGUACCUUAACACAGGAAAAUAACGAAAUUAAAGUUUAUAAAUACAGAUGGGUUGUUUUGGGAAUAUUUUGUUUGUUUACUAUAAACAAUUUUGUGCAGUUUUUGGAAUACUCAAUUAUAGCAGACACAGUAAAAAAAUACUAUGGGGUAGACAGCUUUGCAGUUGACAUAUCAGGGUUGAUAUUCUUUAUUAUGUACUUAAUAGGGUUUUUACCAGUGAGCUACUUGAUUGAAAAAUAUGAUAUGAAAAUAACGGCCAUAUCCAGCACUGGUUUAACACUUAUAGGGAAUGUUAUCAAGAUUUUUGCCACCCCAAAAGACAAAUUUUAUUUGGUGAUCGUUGGGCAGGGUUUUUGUGCCUUAGGGCAGGUUUACAUGAUAAGUAUCCCUUCUAAAUUUGCCGCACUAUGGUUUGGGGCCAAGGAAGUGUCCACUGCGUGUGCAUUGGCUGUUUUAGGGACACAAUUUGGAGCUGCUUUAGGCAGUAUAAUGCCCACGUUUUUAGUUAAAGAUGGUACUGAUGAACAAGUUAGGGAAGAUUUAAUGACCAUGGUAACAAUACAUGCAGGGUCAUCGGCUGUUAUAUUACUUAUAGUUUUAAUAUUUUUUAGAGCAAAACCCAAACUACCACCAAGUCAAUCCCAGCUAAACUUACUCCAAAGUGAAGAUAUUACUACUUAUUGGGCCUCUUUGAAAAAACUAUUCAAAAAUAAAGACUUCCUAAUUGUUUUGCUAUGUUUUGGAAUGAGCAAUGGACUUUUUAACAGUUUUGGCAUCGUUUUAAACAGUUUCUAUGAAGAAUUUUUUCCAGAUCAUAUAGAUGAUGCAGGAUAUUUGGCUGCUGCAGCAAUAAUUGCAGGGGGAUGCAUAGGGAGUAUUAUUUUUGGAAUUAUUUUGGACAAAACACACAAAUUUAAGCUAACAUCUUUUUGUACCCUCUUCUUAUCCGCAGUAUCUUUAGUUUUACUACUGCUAGUAUUUAUGUAUAAAUCCAGAAUGGCCAGCUUCACUGUGAUACCUUUACUAGGGUUCUUCUUGGCCAGUACUUUAGUAAUAGGCUUUGAGUACGCAAUUGAAGCCUCCUACCCUAUUCCAGAAUCUCUUGGUUGUUCCUUACUUAACGCAGCCAUCUACUUAUUUGCAAUAAUAAAUACUUUAAUACAAGAAGUAUUAUUUGAAGCCAUUGGCUAUUUAAACACCAUGGUAGUGGGAAUUGUUGUAAUGUUUAUAAUGUCUUUUGUGAUACUUUUUAUGUCGUCAACUUUAAAAAGAAGGGACGCCAAUUUAGAGAGUAACAAUACUCAAGGAGUUAAUAAUGUUAACUUUGUGGAGAGAUUGUGA